AUGUCGCGCGGCGGGAUUCGGCUUUGCAGGAAAUACGGCUGUGGGAUGCCGUUCCCGGACGGAUUGGAGGGCUGCAAGGUCCUCGAUCUCGGUUGUGACGCUGGCAGGGACGCCUUCGUCCUCAGCCAGCUGGUCGGGGAGCACGGGAUCGUCGUCGGGGUCGACAUGAACCCUCACCAGAUUGCUAAAGCGGAACAAUACUUGAAUUAUCACAUGGCGAAGUUUGGAUUCAUGGCCCUACCCAAUGUCAAAUUCAAACAUGGUUAUCUCGAAAACCUUCAAGAUCUCAAUCUAAAGGAGAAAUACUUCGACGUCAUCGUGUCGAACUGCGUGAUGAAUCUCUGCUCGGACAAGCGAAGCGUCCUCUCCCAGGCCUAUAAUCACCUGAAGAGCGGAGGGGAGAUGUACUUCAACGACAUCUAUGCCAGCUGUCCUAUCCCGGAAUCCCUGAAAGAAAACAAUGAAUUUUGGGGCGAACGUUUCUCUGGCGCUCUGUGGUGGGAAGACUUGCACGCCCUCUGCGACGAAAUCGGGUUCCAUCCUCCUUUGAUCAAGGAGGUGAAUCCAGUCUUCCUCGCGGUCGAAGAACUCCGGAGAAGAGCGCCGACCUGCGAAUGUUUUUGUCUUCCAUCAGCUGACCCACCCCCCAAGGGCCUGAGGUUUGCGUCUGUGACGUAUCGCAUCUUCAAGCCGUUGAACAAUGCUGCCGCUCCAAAGGCCGCUAUUUACAAUGGGAAGCUCCUCAACUGCUCGGACACCUGGGAAUUCACGCACGACCUUGUUUUCAAGACUGGGGUUCCAAGGAACAUCAGCAAAGAAUACGUUUCAAUCUUGGAAACGUCGAGAUUCCGAACUCGCUUCAAGUUCCAGGAAGUGAUCGACAAGAAGAUGAUCCAUGAGCACACAAAGACGAAUCCGUUCGAUAUGAUCCCAGACCCCUAUGCCAACCUUUCCGGUCUUGUUGGGUACAGCAUUUGAGUUGUAAGUUUGGGAUUGGACCAAACCUUCGCAUCACUGGUCAGCUUGGAAGCGGGAUUUUGCUUGCUUUGAGAUUUUUA